AAACAUUAACUGUGACUGUGAACAUGCAGAUAUUGUGUAAUAACAGUGCAACAUAUCUUUCAUCUAGGUUUAACAUUUGUUUCCAUAGACUUAAAAGAUAUAGCCGUGUUAGUCUGUAGAAUCAGUAUGUAGAGAGAUCUUGUAGCACCUUUGAGAUUAACUGAAAGAAAGAAAAAUUGGCAGCAUGAGCUCUUGUAGACUUAAGUCUGCUUCCUCAGAUGCACUUGAUGGGGUGGACCUGGUUUUCCACUCCACCAAAUGCAUCUGAGGAAGGAGACGCCAGAUAAGGUGUUAUAAGACCUCUCCACAUUUGUUUCCAUAAAUAUUGUUGCUUUGUAAGGGGAAAUGCAAGAAUUCAUUUGCGGUAGUUAUAGGCUGUUCAGUUUUCUUGUUAAAUUCUGAUUCAGUAAAAUAGACUUAUUUACUAACUGUGGGGCUGUACAGAUGAGAAGAAAGGGGUGGCCAGAGACAACAAUCUGCUCCAACAAUCUGCGAAACGCAGCUCAUUUCUGCACCGCUGCCAAGUCAUCAUUAGCACCCUGGAGCGACAUGAUGUCUCUUGUUCGCCGCACAAUUUGGACGCGGCGUACAAGGCACAUCAUCAGUGCACACACCAUCUGAAUAUGCACAUUCCCAAAAUGGCACCAGGAUAGCAUGGAGCGUGCGGGCACUCCACUCUCCUGAGCCCUAAUUUCGGCUCCAGGCCGCCACAAAGCGACCAUCUGUACCAGGCCUAAAUUUAUAUAUAGACCCGUAGCACUGUUGUCUAAGUAGCUCAUUACCUUGUAUCAUGCAGGCAGUGAGAAAGUGUGUGUGUACAGCCCAAGAACUAUCUUAUUUUUAGGGGCCAUAUUCUGAGGAAAGUAGUUGAUUGUGUGGUCAGCAACUGGGCAGCUUUCCUGUCUUCCUUUCUGACACACAGGGCAGGAUGGGGGAAUGGUGGAGGCUGGUUAUACGUCUUUCACCCUUGAUCUCUUCUUCCUAUUCAACUAAUUAAUUAAUGAGCAGCGGGGAAGGGGAUCUGUGAGGCUCUGCUGAUCAGCUUUCUUUUCAGUCCACUGGUUACUGUAGGUGGGCCUGUAGGGGAGAGGGGAGAUUAACUUUCCCUUCUUCAUGAUUUUUCUAUACCAAUAUUAUUCAACUGAUCUGAAGCAAGAACCCAUAGAGGGAUGCCCACCCCUGGGAGAGAACUGGGAACUACCUGAAGGCCAGCUCUUUAUUCCAAGAAAUCUUUAAAGUAGAAAAGAGUUAGUAACACUUACUGUAUAUACUCAUGUAUAAGUCUAGAAAUUUUAGUUCAAAAAUUGACCCAGAUAACCUGGGUCAACUUGUCCACAGGUCAAUGUAAGUACAGUGUGUCCUUGCCUUACACGGGGAUCCGUUCCAGAUCCUGCUGCAAAGGCAAGUUCCGUGUGUGCUUGAGCCCCAUUGAAACUAAUGGGGCUUGUGCAUGUGUGCAACGCACACCAUGGGGACAAGCACCAUUUAAUAUUAGUCAUGCAGUUUUCAGUGUAAGAUGAAAGCCGCAUAUGUCACACCCGCAUAUGACACGGGUACACUGUAGUCUACUUUUAACUCUUCUGAAAUAAGGGACCAUUCCCUGGUGAAAAACAAGAGUGCAGUCUGUCCUGGAAGCACUGACUCCCCCCUCGACUGUCUCACCCAUCCAGCCUUUACUAUAUGCACAAAACAGUUAUGCCUCCUGGAAUUUUGUAAGUUCUUUGGCAUUAUUUUCCUUCAUCCUUUAGAAAUUUUCUUAAUAUGCUAUUUACGUUUUACCCUCAUCAAUGGAGGAUAUCAAAAUCCAUAAUUUUGGCCUCCAAACCUGCCCUUGGUUUAUACAUGAGAUCAACUUAUAGUUGAGUAUAUACGGUAUUAGCUGAAUUUGGCUCUUGGAUAGGUUUCUUGGAUUAGUAUUCCAUCCUUUAGGAAAAUGAUGGUGGUUUGCUUUGCAGACUUAUGAGUUUGAGAAACAUCACAAAACAGUCAUAUGCUAGUACCAGAAAUAGGUGAGACAGUGACAAUUAUUCCAAAAGUAAUUUUAGAAGUCUCUCAGACUAAGGCAUUAGAAAUGAAGUUUUCAAAAUAGAAUACUUUCCUAAAAAGCUAGUAUAGGUGUAUGACCUAUCUAGUUCUUCUAGCUAAAUUUGUAGGCCAAGGAAUACUUUUGUAGUUCUAUUUGCUUAUACCCUUAUGUUCACAGGAAAAUCUUUUGACCGUGGAAAACUAGUUAUGGGUUUGAAUUAACAUUUGAAUCGUUUUUCUGCCUUUAUUUCAUCCGUAAACUACAUCCAGAGCUGGCUGUUCUGGAUCACCCCAACCCUGUGCACUUUUCUGCUAUGCAAUCUGGAGCAACUGCAAAUUGUCAGUUCACUUCAUACAAAACACUGUUUUUGUGGUAUGACUUACUGUGUGUUCUUUGCAGGUUUUUUGCCUCCAAUAACACCACCAGAGAGAUUCUUUCUUUCUCAGCUGAUGUUGGCACCCCCUCGGGAGCUGUUCAAAAAGACUCCACGACAGAUUGCAUCAAUGGAUGUAGGAAAUAUGGGCCAGUCUGUAGACAUAAGUGGCCUUCAGCUGGCUUUGGCAGUAGGACAAGUAUCAGAGUUGGAGGAAAUUGCUGCAUUUCCUUAGAGAAAUCCAGGAGCUGGAAACUAUUACAUCUGAGGGAACAACAGAAAACAAGCUCUGCAAAGCUGCAGAAAGAGCGUCAGUCUGAGCUGCCAACACAGAGUAAAGCAAGUUUUCCCAGCAUUCUUAGUGACCCUGACCCAGAUUCUUCAAAUUCUGGUUUUGACAGUUCUGUUGCAUCCCAAAUCACUGAAGCUCUAGUGAGUGGACCAAAGCCACCUAUUGAAAGCCACUUUCGACCAGAAUUUAUCCGACCACCACCUCCGCUCCACAUUUGUGAAGAUGAAUUAGCUUGGUUAAACCCAAUAGAACCAGAUCAUGCCAUUCAGUGGGACAAGUCAAUGUGUGUGAAAAACAGUGCUGGAGUGGAAAUCAAGCGAAUCAUGGCCAAGGCAUUCAAAAGUCCUUUGUCAUCACAACAGCAGACACAGCUUCUUGGAGAAUUGGAAAAAGACCCUAAGCUUGUUUAUCAUAUUGGGCUCACACCUGCCAAAUUACCUGACUUGGUGGAAAAUAAUCCUUUAGUUGCCAUAGAAAUGCUGCUUAAAUUAAUGCAGUCAAGUCAGAUAACGGAAUAUUUUUCAGUCUUGGUCAACAUGGAUAUGUCUCUACAUUCAAUGGAAGUUGUAAAUCGGCUUACUACAGCAGUUGAUCUUCCUCCAGAAUUUAUUCACCUGUAUAUCUCCAAUUGUAUUUCUACAUGUGAACAAAUUAAAGACAAAUAUAUGCAGAACCGGCUGGUACGCCUUGUUUGUGUCUUCCUACAAUCCUUGAUUCGGAACAAGAUCAUUAAUGUACAGGACUUGUUUAUAGAGGUACAAGCAUUUUGUAUUGAAUUCAGUCGGAUAAGAGAAGCAGCUGGCCUUUUUCGAUUGCUGAAGACACUUGACACUGGUGAAAAUCCUUCAGACACAAAGACUUCAAAAUAAGACUUUCAAAGAAUGGUGUUUUUUUUAUUGGAUUAGGAUGUUGUAAAAAUUCUGUAUAGUUGACUCUUGCUUGCAAUUAAGAUGCUAUUUGUGCUGUAUUAAAUGCUUUUGUUUUGGAUAAGUUUGAAUCCUGGCAUACAUCUAUGAGUAUCCAUUGGUGACCUUGAUCAGGUUGCCACACUAGCCUAAACUUUCAUUAUGGUGGCAAAAUUAAAACUAGAUGGAAACAGCAACGGUGAGUAAUUAAUCAGUAUUACUGGGGUACUCAGAGCUAAAGUAUAAAACUGUCCCCCAUCAAGGAAUGGUGGAAGCCUGCAUUGUUUCCACGUCCAGUCCAAUUUGGAAAACCAAUUGCAUGUGGUUAAUCACACCUUAAAAUGUUUAUGAGUGACAACUUUUAGCAAGAAGUAUUAGUAUUUCUCUGGAUUAUCCCAGUCUUGUCAAAGCAAGUAACAUCCCACCCACCCUGAUUUUGUACAACACAUUUUGUAGUCAUCUUCUUUCUUAAAGAGCUUCUCACUAAACAGGCCUGUUCUGCAGGGGUGUAUGUACAGUGGAACCUCACCAUACGCGGGGGAUCCGUUCCGGAUCCCGCCAUGUAUGGCGAUUUCCGCCUAUGCUUGAGCCCCAUUGUAAACAAUGGGGCUCAUGCAUGGUGGCGCGGAGGUGCGCAGGGCGCACGCACCCAUUCAACUGGGACACGCCCCCCGCGCGCGCCCAGUGGCUUGAGCGCAUACACUCAAAGCCAUGUAAAAAAAGUCCGCGUAUGCGGAGGCCCCACUGUAUUUCGUAUUCAGAAGAAAUUAAGGAGAAGGAAAGGUGCAUCACAAAUCUAGAGUGUUCUGAUAGUUUUGACAGAUGGACAAAAUGGUUCUUAGUUUGAUGCAACAGAAUUGUAUUUGAGUAGGGAGGACCAGAGGGGAACUGCAGAUGGUAAAGGAAUAGCUCCCCUUUUCUCUCACACUCUUAAAAAGCAUUGGUCAGACUAAAAAUUAUUUAGUAAAAUUGGCACUCCAUUGUAGCCAGCUGCUUGAGGUUGCAGCAUAUCACCAUCUGGAGUGCUCAGGGAAACAGACU